AUGGCUGAAUCUUUGGAAGGCUCUCCUGCUGACGAUGAGCUGCAAGUAGCAAACCGUGAUUAUGAGAAACUACUAACUGCAUAUGAAAAUGUAGGAUACAGUGAUGGUGUUGUCGCCGGUGAAGAUAGUGCUUUACAGCAUGGAUUUAACCAGGGAUUUGUCCAGGGAUUUCGUCAAAUGAUGAAAAUUACCAGAAUAAAAGGCAUGAUAAGUGCCUUGCAAGCUUACCAACAAAACGAUGACGUUGGAAUUAGACGUUCACCUGCCGGCAUUUCGAACAUGGAAAUAUUACUUACUCGAAUAACUGAACUAGAAACUACCACUAUUCAAAAUAUUCAAAAUAUACCUAAUGAAUCCCGUCUUAAAGACAGUGGUAAAGAUAAUGAAAACACAAAAAGUAGCAGCAGCAACCAACUUGAUAAAUGCAAUAAAACAAGUUGCUGUCGUGAAUCCAAUACGACAGCAGUAGAUGAUGAUAAUGAUAACAAUGAUCGGAAAACCCAAUAUAGUUGUGGGAAAGAAAGUGGUUAUGUUUGUAACAACGAUGAGAAGGCAAUUACGAAGAAGUGUGAUAAUUUGGCAGAUGAAAGUGUAGAAAAUAAUUUGUCCAAUUUAAAUGAGGUAUUAACGACUAUAGUCGGUGAAUUAAAACAAGUGCUACAAGAUUAUGAUAUAAAAAUAUAUAGCGCAAUGGCGCAAUUUCUAGAUGUAUCAUAA